AUGAAGCAGCAGCGACACAGAGCGAGCGAUCCAGCAUCAGUCUCAGCCGUGUCUCGCUUUGAUGAAGUCACACGGGGAAGAAAAAAGUAUAAGACCACUGAAAAACAUGAAUAUUGGCCAAUUAUUAUCCCCAGUGCUUGUCUGCGCCUCUGGUUGUUUUCUGAUGUUCAUGUUUCUGUGUUUUCAGGUGUGGUGUUUCACUACCGUUCUCCCGCGGAGCGUUAUUCGCUGUCGUUCGACGAGGCCAUUCGCGCGUGUGAGGAGAACUCGGCUGAGGUCGCGACCCCUGAGCAGCUGUGGGCGGCGUUUCACUCCGGCAUGAACAGCUGUGCGGCCGGAUGGCUCAGAGACCAGAGCGUCAGGUAUCCCAUACAGAGACCCGAGCUCGGCUGCUAUGGACACGCAGAGUUUUCUCCUGGAGUGAGGAAUUAUGGGAAACGGGACCCUUCGGAACUGUUUGAUGUUUACUGUUUCGCCAAUGACAUGCAAGGUGAAGUGUUUCCCGCCGGUGUUCCUGACAGACUGACUCGCCCGGAGGCCGUGGCUCACUGUGCAGCUCUGGGCGGCCGGCUAGCGACCGUGGGUCAGCUCUAUCUGGCCUGGAGCUCUGGGCUGGAGCACUGCGAGCCGGCCUGGCUGUCUGACGGCAGCGUGAGGUUUUCCAUCAGCUUGCUGCGCUCGGACUGUCCCGCUGGAGAACCUGGCGUCCGAACCGUUUCACCGUCAGAACUGAACAAUGGGACGGCGCGCUUCGAUGCUUUCUGCUAUAGAGAAAAGAAAGUGCAGGAGACUCUCACAGGCAUCGUGAAGUCCUUACUGAGACCGUGGAGGUACAUGACCAGAGACGACAGUUCAGAGGACGCAUCCGAAUCGUUUUCCUCCAGCAGCGACGCACAGACUGCCGGCCAGCCGGACCUGCCUGACCUUCGACCCGCUAACUGGACCGGACAGGUGGAUCUGGACAAAGAGCCGCUGAUGGCUGCUGAGGGCGCCGAGCUCUCGGCCGAGUAUCUGACAGUCCGUCUGCGAGCCGGAGACACGUCUAUGGACUGGAGCAGCCAGCUGGACGCCUUCCCAGACAGCCGACAGGUGCUUCCGGAUCUGAGUCCUGGCGGCUCGGCCCGAGAGGAAGAGGACGAGGACGAAGGUCUGUCCGGUCAAUCCGUGAGUCCUGCGGCUCCUUCAGAGGCUCCUCAAGAAAAGGCCAAGGGUUCCCUCACCAACAUCGUCAGCUCGUUAUGGAAACCCUGGAGCUACUUGACUGGACGUGAAGCGGAGGCCACGACCAAGAGCACGGCUGCGACGGAGACGCCCGCAACGGACGGCAGACCCACUGCUACGCCCGGAUCAGGACUGGUGUCAUGGUGGAGCCACUCGUGGCUGCCCAGUCCUUCAACCGUCACUGAUAAAUUAAUCACCUCCUUUCCGCCCACGAGUUCAGUCGUACCGACGACAGUCCCACCAAACGCCACAACAGACGGACCAAGAGACAAUCAGACCAGUCGACCCGCACAGGACGGUCCGGCGACGGCGGCCGAUUGGAUCGUAGUGACCGAAAUACCCGAGCAGAAAAUCCAAACCCCUGAACCCAAAGUCUCCGUCUCGACCGAGAACUUCUCCGGAGAGAGUCGAGUGCUGGAGACGGAGGGCAGCUCGUGGGGCGACACGUACCCAUCAUCCCAAACGGACGACAGAUGCAGCUGUCUGCACGGAGGGACGUGUCUUCCUCACGGAGAGGGUUUCCGCUGCUUCUGUCCGCAGGGUUACGCAGGAGAGAGCUGCGAAAUCGAUGUUGAUGACUGUCAGUCGAACCCCUGUGAGAACGGCGGCACCUGUAUCGAUAAAGAGGACUCGUUUGUGUGCCUCUGUUUGCCGAGUUACAGCGGAGACCGAUGUGAGAGAGACACAGAGGGCUGUGAACACGGCUGGAAGAAGUUUCACGGUCACUGCUACCGUCUGUUUCCACGCAGACACACCUGGGAGGACGCAGAGAAAGACUGCAGGGAGCACAGCAGUCACCUGACCAGCAUCACUUCCUCCAUGGAGCAGGACUUCCUUAACGGUCUGGGUCAUGAGAACGUCUGGAUCGGGUUGAACGAUCGUACAGUGGAAGAGGAUUUCCAGUGGACUGAUGGGAUGGAUGUUGUGUAUGAGAACUGGCGUGAGAAUCAGCCGGAUAACUUCUUCGCGGGCGGAGAGGAUUGUGUGGUGAUGAUCACCAGAGAGGACGGCAAAUGGAACGACGUGCCCUGCAACUACAAUCUACCCUACGUCUGCAAGAAAGGAACCGUGAUGUGUGGCACUCCGCCUGCCGUCGAUAACGCCUCUCUAGUGGGCCGCAGACGCUCACACUACGACAUCCACGCGGUGGUUCGGUACCAGUGCGCCGACGGCUUCUUCCAGAGACACAUCCCGACUGUCCGCUGCCGACCCACCGGGACCUGGGAAAGACCCAAGAUCAUCUGCACUAAAUCACGGCGAUCUCACCGUUACCGUCGGCAACACCACAGAUCUCGGCGCGAGCAUCGACGACACCGGAGACACGGAUCGGGGCACAGGGGGCGGGAUUAAACCAGGGGGGCGGGGCUAAACGCAGGGGUCGUGACCUCUGUUCCUGUGUUUCCAUGUCAGAGGAAACGCAGCAGACGGAAAGGACAGAAAUAAUCGUUCUUUUUUACCGCUGUUAUUUAGGUUUCACUAACCCCUCCGUUCACUUCUUCAUUAGAAAAUGUUUUUUUAUUGGUUAUUUCACGCAGACGGAUGGUGACUCUUCAUCUUCAUAGAAUAGUCGUAUUAAUUUGUUCACGCAGCAGGUGAAGGCUCUGGUAGCUCAUGCUCAUGUUUGUUCGGCUUUAGAUAUUUUGGAUGUAAUGCUUUAAUGAAAUACUAAAUGACCAAACUGCCCAAAAUGAUUCAUGUUCAUGAAAUAAGACGCUCUUCAUGCCUUUGAAUGGCACAAUAAUGAAUUCUUUUUUACCCAUGAGGCUUUACUUUGUCUUGGUUUUGAGUGUUUGCUGAUGAUUUGGUUUCAAUUGCAACUCUUUAACUCUAAAUGUUGGACUAGAAUCGUAGUGAAACCCCUUACGUUCAUAAAUAAGUGAAUUUCAUGAAGAAAAGCAACUUUCAGCUCACAUUUCAGACCAAAAUGAAAA